UUGGCAAGCGUGGUGAUUUUACUCCUACCUUUUAACCGAACCGUGGCCGAUUGUAUUGUAUUCGUUUUACGAUACAUAUCAUGCUUGGCCCAGGUGGUUUCCCUAAAAAAAGUGUAUUUCUAUUUUACAUACUGUUGCAACACUUCAUCAUUGCUGUGACAAAGUUAUUUAACAGCAUUCUGUACGACCGAAGCUAGUUUCCAAUAGAUUGUAGAUACCAGAAAUAUGAGAUUACGGAUAGUUGUGAUAUGUGUGUCGUAAAAUUAGAACGUGUUACAAUCUACUAGAUUUUUCAAUCAUGCAUCUUUUCGAGAAGUCAUAAAUUUUUAAGAAUGACUUAAAUAGAUCACUAUCACCAUUGAAGAGUUUCAAUGCGCGAUGCUGGAUAUCAUAUUAUAUUGGAUAUGUUGGCUGUUUUGGGCGGGUCUUCCAACACUUACAGCUUAUCCUGUGUCGUCUUCUAUACGAACAGAUUUACCAUAUUCCUAUGCUUCAUCAAAAUGGGAACGGUAUUGGAUUCAAUAUACUCUUGGUCUUUUAAGUGUAACUGCUACUGCAUUUACCUUAGUUGGUUGCCUUUGUUGUCGAAGACCUAGAAGACCUAAAGGUUUUCAGGACAAAGCAGAAAAGUACAAUCAGGAAUUCAAAGAUGGAAACAAUAUUGGACAGGAAUCAGUGUUUGAACAUUCUCUGGAGGGUUUGGAAUUGAAUGUUCCGCACAUGUUAGCUGUUUCAGAGAGAGUGCAGUUUGAUCCUUUACCUAUAGAACAUAUUAUAUCUGGAACUAAAAAUGCUGCAAAACCUAAGCCAUUACCUUUAUCGACAUCAUUUUUCGAAUCACAUGAUUCUGACUCGAAUACUCUCCCUGAACAUUGUCGUGAGUGGUUCGAUGCACAGGAUUUAUGUGUAUCUAGAGAAAAGUUGAAGUAUUUAAGAGAGAUUGGUCAUGGAUGGUUUGGAAAAGUUGUAGAAGGUCGUGCAGAUUUAGAAGGACAUAAAAGAACUUCCAAACAUGGUGGUGUUGUUGUGAGAAUUCUUACUGAGGAGGCUACAAUAAAGGAAAAAGCCUGGUUUCUUGGUGAAGCUACUCCAUAUUUGAAAUUACAUCAUCAGAAUGUCUUAACUUUGUUGGGUUUUUGUUUAGAAACUGACCCAUAUCUGUUACUCUUUGAAUCAUGUUCAGUAGGUGAUCUUAAAGGUUUCUUGUUGUCAAAUCAAGAUAAAAAAUCUCAAGAAGCACUUAAUAAAGAAAAUAUUCCAAUUCGAAUGGCACUGGAUAUUGUUGCUGGCUUAAAACAUAUGCAUAGCCAUGGAUUUGUACAUACAGAUUUAUCUGCCAGAAAUUGUUUGAUAGCAUCAGAUUUAUCAGCAAAAUUAGGAGAUUAUGGGACUGGUGUAGAAAAAUAUCCUGAAGAUUAUUAUGUAGUUGGAGAUCGUGCAUUGCCUAUUAGAUGGUCUGCACCAGAAAGUGUAGAAUGUACUGAUACUACUAUUGAAACUAGAGAAAUUACAUCUCAAGCAAAUAUGUGGAGUUAUGCAAUUUUUCUUUGGGAAAUUAUUACAUGGGGAAAGAGACCAUACCAUGAUAAAACUGAUGAACAAGUAAUUCAAAUGCUUUUACCUCUAAGAACUGAUCUUUUAUCAAAUGGUAUACAAGUGUUGCAAACAUACCUAGAAAGCUGUCCAUCAAACAUAUAUCAAGCAAUUCAUUUCUGUUUGAAUUUAAAUCCACAGAAAAGACCAAAUUUGGAUGAAGUGAAGCAACUUCUUUUGAAUGAAUAUACAGAGUACUUGGAUUUUGAACAAAGAUGGGAAAAUCUACGAGUUAAUACUAAACAUGUUCGAAGUGCUAGUUUACAAGAUCUUCGAGGCAGUAUUGAUUCAGAUUAUUGGACCACUAUUGUUGAUGAUACACCUCGACAGUCAUCAUUUCGACUUGGACCAAGUGAACUAGUAAAAAAUGUACCAAGUAUUAAAAAUAUUAUUCAUCACGAAUCUAGUUCUGAAACUGAAGAAGAAAGUUGGAAAGGACAAAUAGAACAAGGAGUUUAUACUGAAAAAGUGAAACAAAAAUCCAAAUCUGUUACCGAUUUAAUGGUACUUGUACAUAUCGAUUUCGAUUCUGAUGCAGAAUUAUCAAUGGGAGCUCAGAUAUCAGAAAAAUAUGGGAAAAAAAAAUUACCUGCUACCGGUAGUGAUAGCGAUCUUAGACAUAGCAUUCAUACAGAUGAAUUUGAUGAAACAUUAAGAAAAUUACGAGAUCCUUUGCCAAAUAAUACUUCUAAUAAAAUCAAAAUGUUAGAUAUUUCAGAAAGGCCAAAAUUGCUAACAUUAACUAUGGAUCAAGCUCAAACUCCAAUUUUGAGAUUAUCUUUAAAUGGCAAAGAAUCUGAGACUACACCUGUUACAAAUGCAAUUACAGAAAUACGUAGUGAAAAACAUGUUCUAAGACUUCUAUCAAAAGGAGAUCCUAAUCUUCCUCUUCUACGUUAUGUACCUGAUGAUACAUCUUCUUUUGAAAUAUUAAAAAGAAAUAAUAAGUCUCAGUGUAAUAAUACACCUAAGCAUCAAAACAGUGACAAUACUUGUUUUUCUAACAACUUUUCAGUUAGUUUUAUGACAGGUGAAAGCAAUUUAGUUGAUGUUGCACUUUGGAAUCACGCUCUGGAUUCUGCUUUAAAAAAAAAAGUACCUGGUUUUUUGGAUGAAGGUGAAUUUAAUGAAUAUGCAGAAUCAUUGUCUAAACCAGAAAAUAGUAUUACGCCAGAAUUAAUUGUAACUACUGUAUCUACACCAGAUACUUUACAAUCACAGAAAGGCACAACAUAUAAUAUAAAUGAUAAAUUUUCCAAUGAUGAAGACAUAGAUAUUAACCGAAAGUGUUUACCAAAUGAAGAUGAAGAAGAAAGAAAACAAUUAUCUACUCCUGAUGAUGAACAAAGUUCUGAUUCUGGAUUUAGAGAUAAAGAAUCCUGUGAAGAAGAAGAGAAUGUCUGUGCUUUAGUUGCAUCAACAUCUACUAAUGAUUCUACAGUGAAUGUACCAAUCUGUACUGAAGAAGAACAGUUACAAAUUUUAUUUGAACUGGAUACUAUUCUUGAUGCAGAGUAUUAUGCAACACUUUCUGGAUCUGAAAAAAUGACUGCUUCAAUUAAUCAUACAGAAAAUAAAAUUCUUUGUACAAAUGAAGAUGAAUCUGAUUCUAUCCAUACUAUAGACACUGUAGUUGAAAUAGAGAAUAAUGAUAACUUAAAUACAAAUAAAUAUGGAAAUAUUGAAAAUAAAAUUGGAAAUGAAAAUAUAAAUGCAAAUAAACAUAAACAUAAAAAUGAAAAUGAAAAUAAAAUUGAAAAUAAAAAUAAAUAUGAAAACGAUAUUGAAAAUAGUAACAAAAAUGACAUUAAAAAUAAAAUGUUAGAUGAAAAGGGAAUAGAAAAGAUAUAUGAAAGGGGAAAUGAAAAAGAUAUAGAGAAAAUAAAUGAAAAUGAAAUUGAAGAUGAAGACAGUUCUACAAUGAGCUUACAUAGUGAUAAUUCUUAUGUAUCAUUUGAUAUAGAAGAAGAAUUUGUAACAGCAAUUCGAAAUGAACUUAGAGAGAAAUUACCUUGUGCUCAAAUGUCUGUUGUAGAACCAUUAGAAGCUCAUGAUGAUGAUAAUCUUAUACCUAAUGACAUAAACAGUAAACAUUGGGAUGAUGAUGACAGUGAAGAAUCUUCUAAUCAAGGUAGUGGAGGAGUGGGUAUUUCAAUAAGAUAUAAUGUCUAUGAUUCUCCACUUAGUCCAAUUCAAGAAGAACGAGAAAGUACCCUUACCUCAGAAUCCUUAAUAUCAAACUCUAGAGAUGCAUCAAUUGCUUCAAAAGAAUCUGUUGCUUCAGAUGAUGUAUUAUUAGUUGAUACUCGGACAAACAAAAUGAUCUUGUUAGAAGGCUUGGGAGAUAAAUUGCAAGAUGAUGAACGAGAUACAACUAAUGGGGAUUUAUCUGAAGAAGAAAAUUUGGAUUAUAAUUGUUCAGUAGUUCGUUCUCGUGAUGAUAAAUCGCAUAUUAUGAUUGCAAGUGGAGGGGCACCUUUACCAAGUCCAGAAGAAGAAUCUAAAUGGCAACAGUUACCAACAUCUUUUCCAUUACCAUUACCUCUACCAUUGGAAGAUGAUUUAAUGUCAACAAGUUUUGGAACAGAGCAUGGAUGGGGUAGUCAGGAUGAAGAUGACGAUGAAGAAGAGGAGGAGGAGGAAGAAGAGGAAGAGGAGGAAGAUGAGGAGGUGGAGGAAGAGGAAGAGGAAGAGGAGGAGGAGGAGGAGCAGGGGGAGGAGGAGGAGGAGGCAGAUGAAAAUAAUAGUUCUAGUUCUGGCGAAUUUGUUUGGAAGAGAUAUAAUGAGCCACAUGUUGAGCAAGUUCAAAUUCGUAGUUGCUUAAGUAAUAACGAAGGAGUAGUAGUAGAUGUUGAUGUUCAAGAUGAAAUGAAUCCAGAGGAAGCAGAAGAGGAUGAAGAGGAAGAAGAAGAAUUUACACCAUCAGCUUGGAAUGCAACAUUAGCUCCUCAUCGUUCUGCAUUAAGAUCCCCAGAUAAAACAUUAAAAUCUGGUGAUGAAUUGGAUCAGAAAAAGAGUGUAUGGUUUAAAAAACAACGCUAUCACUGUGUGUAUGAAUAUCCAAAAGAAACAUUAACUACAGAAACUCAAGGAGAACCAACUACUACUUGGGAACCGACUUCAUACAGUGACUGGGAAGAAAUGAUAGACGAACCACGAUUAGAUCUGUAUCCUCUUGACUAUGAUGAUGCCAAUCAUACUGGAAACGAAGAAUUUUUUGUGAGCAGUUCAAAUCGUCCGUUUCAAUUUCAAACUAGCGAAAGUAAAUAUGUAAGUCAAUUCUUUCCUGGUGCGUCUACGUCAAUAAAUGAGGAACGAGAUGAAGUUGAUGGUGAUCAACAAGAAGUAUCACAAAAUGGAAUAGAAUUAUUAAACGAUUGUGGUCAAAGUCAUCAAUAUCAAUUAGGAGAAUUAAGGCAUACUAGAGAUCGUUUAAAACUGAAUUUAUCUACAAAUGGUGCAGCCUUUGUUUCUAUUAAACAAACAAAAGAAGAUGAUGCAGAACAAUUGCAUGAUAAAGAAAAUGUGUCAGAAUUCCCACAAAGUAUAGACUUUACACAGGACCAACAUAUUCUAUCAAAUUCCUUGAAUUACAAUACGUUACCAACCGUGCCUCCCAAAGACAUUCAACAAAAAAAAAGUCUUGAUUCGACUUCUUUAAAAAGUGCCCAAUGUGAUAGUCAAGAAAAAAUUGAGCCUAUCGACAAGUGUAGUGUUUUGACUCAUAAUUAAUGUGUUUCAAAGACGAUAGUAAAAUGUUAAAAGAGAUAAUUUAGCUGAAGUCCGUCCGAACUAAUUUCGUUGCAAGAGUAUAGUGAUUACUCAAUGAGUACACUAUUGAAUGAAUCUCAAAUUAUUGUACAUAAGAUGUAGCAAAUUUUAU